AUGAGUUUCAAAUGUCCCCUUUGUAUGCGAAUAUUCAGUCAACGCUUUGCAUAUACUCAAUAUACCCAAAAAUACUUAAAAAAUGUAGAAGUAGAAGUAGAAGAUAAUGAUGAUAACAAUGAUAGUGAAAAAUAUAGUAGUGAAAUAGAUACAAGAAGUAAUCUAAGUAGUGAAUAUAAAAAUGAUAAAGUUGUGGUGGAUAAUGAUAAUGAUAUACAAAAUAUGUCAUUUGACAGUAUUGAAAGUGCAAUAUCAAAGAUGAGCCUUGAAGAUAGUAACUUUGAAAAUAUAUUAGAUUCAUCUGAAGAGCCUGAAAUUUUUGAAGAACCCAAAAAUCUCAAUACCAAAACUUGCACAGAAUUUUCUAAUAAUGCUUAG